AUGAUUGCAGAAAUGGAAUCAAUCCUUUGUCAGACGGAGGCAACGGAGGAGACUAAUAGCCUCAUCCGACACCAAGUGUCGUCGCUCCUGAUGGCCGACAGGCCAGGGGAAGUGCAUUCCAAGGUCGAACGUGAUGCGCUUAGAGAACUCAAGGCCGACAAAGACCUGGUCAUCGUGCCAUCGGACAAAGGACGCGCCACAGUUGUACUGGACAGGACAGACUACCUUCAAAAAGCCAAAGGUUUACUGGAGGACCGACAGUUCUAUGUCCCAUGUGCAACGAACCCUUUAAAGGCGCUGACACGCGAAAUUAAUGCUACGCUGUUGGCCUUGGAGAACUCAGGUGCAAUAACGCCGACCGACAGACGCAUGGCGAGACCCCAAGAUACGGCUUUGGCCCGAUUCUAUGGCCUCUCUAAGGUGCACAAAGACGGCGCUCCUCUCCGACCCAUCGUUUCGCUCAAAGGGACUCCAACGUACGGACUGGCUAAGUGGCUGUUCUGGCGCUUCAAGUUCCUGACCGCUGAGUCAGACACCACGGUCUCUUCGUCAGCACAAUUCCCGGAGAAACUCUAAGGGGUAAGCCUCCAUGCAAAUGAGGUCAUGGUAUUUUUUGAUGUUACAUCCCUUUCUACUUCUAUUCCCCAGGACCUGGCGAUCGAGAAAAUUGAACUGCUACUACAAAGCAAAUACGAUGAAACGGAGAACCGUCAUAGAUACGCCCAAGUCCUUCAGCUCCUGAAGCUCUGUCUCAGGACCUACUUCACGCUCGACGGGACAAUCUUCGAACAGGUGAAGGGCACACCAAUGGGUUCGCCGAUUUCGGGAUUCAUCGCCGAGGCGGUCCUGCAACGGUUAGAGUCACUGGUCUUCCAACAUCACAGGCCGAAAUUCUGGGCCCGGUAUGUGGAUGAUACCUUCGUCGUUAUCGACCGGGAUCAAAUACUGACAUUCAAGGAACAUCUGAAUGCGGUCUUCCCGGUCAUUCAAUUUAUGAUGGAGGAAGAGAACAACCAGCUGGCCUUCCUGAAUGUCCUCAUAUGCCGCAAGGAUUGCGGUGAACUAAAAACCAAAGUGUUCAGGAAAGCGACGAAUACGAUGCAAGUACUGAACUUCAACAGUAAACACCCAAUCAGCCACAAACGCAGUUGUGUAAAAACGCUCUAUCGGCGUGUCGAAACGCACUGCAGUGAGCCGGAAGACAAAAUUGCCGAACUACAAUACCUCCGACGGGUCUUCAAAGCCAAUAACUACCCGCACAACUUAGUCGAGCGGUGCAUACGCGAAAGGGACGAAAGGCCCAACCGCACGGACGCCGAAUCUUGGCGGGCACUUCCUUAUGUCAAGAACGUUUUGGAAGCUGUCGGCCGCCUUCUCGCACCACUUGGGGUUGGAGUUUCCCACAGACCGGAGGCAACCAUCAGGCGUCUGGUCAUGAAACCGAAAGACCCACUGCCACGACUAGAAACGUCUUGAGUCAUCUAUCGGAUCUGGUGCAGUUGCGGACAAAGCAACUACGUCGAAGAAACCGGAAGACAGCUCCGAACGAGAAUGGCCGAACACGCGGCAGCGGUGCGCAGAAAUGACGCCAGCUGUCAAGUUGCGGCUCAUUCGACGAGAUCCGGCCACACAUUCAAAUUGGAUGAGGCCGAAAUUCUCGCAAGAGGUGACAACCGCGUGAGCGGGAGCUACUGGAAUCAUGGUUCACUGACCCCUAGUCCAUCGACAAGUGCAACGAUCUUCCCACUCCAUACUCCGUGCUAAAACUUCGCCUAGGCGGAUUAAAAAGCCAUGCGGGGAGCGCAGAGGUGAACACUUUUCCCAACACCGGGGUCGGUGCGUCAGAUGGUCGAGCAAUCAUCACGCCAACAUCCAACGCACGUGAUGAAAUUGCAGCAAUUAUUGACUCGAAUGACGGCCAUCAAGCAAUCAUCACACCAAGUGUGACGAUCCCGGAUGAAGGGGGGGAGUCGUGAAUGCUCAUAGGUAUGCGGUAGCAUGGCUACUGCAUCCUAUAAAUACCGCAGCCCCUUGUGCAACAACCACCCGUUUCUGCUCUUUUGUCUCCGAUGAUGGAUUCGAGUCGGAAUCCGAAACGUCAGGCGAAUAAAGCUCUUGUCUCGGCGAUCGUGUCUCCUUCUUCAAGAACAUCUGUUCUUUUUUCAGAGGUCUGAAAUCUAUCGUUCAUUUGUCCGAAUACGUACAAAGUUCCGUUUGUCUGUUUUAAUCAAGAAGCACCAUCAGUUAUCCAUAAGACGUGCGCUAUCGUAAUUUGUGCGUAAAUCUGUUUGUGCUGACACAGACUUGCGACGAAUCUGCCUCACUCCCUCCUCUCUCUCCUCCCCCCCCUCUCUCCCUCACCCAUCACUAUGACAAAACGAAGACUAAUUGACAGAAUUUGGAAAUGCAUGCGAUUGCUGGUGUGCCACAAACGACCCGUCCUCAUUGCAUGUGACAGGCUACCGUAAAGGGCAGCAGCGAUCUGGAAUGCGUGGAAGUCACAUCUAGGGGGAUCCAUUGCAGUCUGGCCCUCAGUCCUGAGAAUUAUCGAGUGCUCCCGCUAGCUGGUACCCCAUCUGAGCCACGCCUGAAAGCCUACCGUGAUAUCUCCGUCUGCCUCCUCUGUGGUAUUCGCUUGAGCCACUUUAAACCUUCAUAAUGACUCGAACACACCACUCUUUCCUGAGUAGAGACAGCAUGAACUUCAGUGCAAAAAAUGAUGUCGACCCUAGACGCUGUUAAGUCAUUGACACCAUCUACAGACUCGUUUGUGAACGCAGGCACGCACACUGCGGGAUUUUGGUAGUUUGCUUUGCUUUAGCGAAAAUUCCGGCGUAUGUCAACGGUGCUCUGCCCACAUGAUAAAGUUUGGGUGCAACUCGUCGCCGGCAACAAUAGAAUUGCACUUUGCGGCAAGGGAUUCGCACGGACAAACAACAGAUCUCGAUCUUCUGAAGAAAAAAAGCAGUUCAAGGCGGAAAAUUUUACUCAUAUCUGCAGCUCCUGGCAACUUGGACGUCCGCCUGCUGUUGAUGAUUUAUCGACUUCGAGUCCCAAUACUGUCCUGGCCGAGUAGCGUGAAGCGACGCAGCAAUAGACGUGCACCUACCUGCGAAAUCCUUUUUUAUUUUAUCCAAUCGUCCGACAUAAGACAGGUAAGGUGGCAAUGGCUUUGCUUCACCAAGCACGACAGACGUAGAUUCGCAGAUAACUCGCCCCCCAGGGCCGUCCUCACAAGCAAAACAAGUCUCGUUUUUAUCAACAUAAUCAGAACACACACACACACACAGUACGCAUGCAUCCCUAGUGUUUUGUAUGAAUACUCGCUCGCAUGCUGACUGCGGACUGUGCCCGCUCGCAUGACGCUAUUUGCAGAGGAUCACAUCACGACGGAGUUAUCCCAUCAGAUCAUAACAUCCAAGUCACUACCAACGGCGCGUCAUGAUAUCUCCAAUGCCGCCAGAUUGGCAGUAGUCUGGAGUGCACUGGUUUUGCUGCGUAGGUUGAUUCCUCAGUUUUGUCCUCGCUAUCCCUCCCUCCCUUCUUCUUCUUCUUCUUCUUCUUCUUCUUCUUCUUCUUCUUCUUCUUCUUCUUCUUCUUCCUCCUCCUCCUCUCCGCCUCCUCCCCCUCCCCCUCCUCCUCCCCCUCCUCCUCCGACACCAGCUCGAGUUAA